CAUUUUUCCACUCCCAACUCUCUCCAGUACCUACUACUCGCUUUUACGCCCACAGGGAGCCGGUAAUUCUCCUCCCGGCUCUUUUCGGGACUCCGCCACCGCCAUUUUUUCCAAUUUAGGGCCCCCACACCCUUCAAUUUCCCGGCCGAUCGGCUCCCAGAACCAUGUCCGGGUGCUCCCACUGCUGAUUUCGAAGCUCAUGGUUGUGUAAUUCCACGCUACACGGAGUUGUUCAAUGGGUUCGUCUUCUUCAGAAGAAUCCUCCGCUUGAAGGUUGUACUGGCAUAUUUAAUAUGCUAUAGAGCUGUUUCCACGAACUCAACACAUUACAGUUGGGGAUUUUGCGUAUGUAAUGUUUCCUGAAGGCUAAUGGAAUAAUGAGCUGCUCUUAUACUGUAAGCUAUCCGAAUGGUAAUAUGUGCCACUGGUUACUAUUGUUUGUCAUCUGUAUAUCCAAUUUUCAUGAUGGAGUUGCCUUACCAACUGUCGUUCAGCAUAAACUUGUUUCUUCCACAAGGGAGCAGGCUCAGUCACCUAGUACUAGUAGUGUGGUUUUUGAUCCUAUACAGAUAUCACCUGCAGUUAUCCCUCAAUACCCAUAUCCCAGUGAAUCUUUGCCUCCAAUGUAUCCAACUUUUCCUACCAGAUAUGACCCAGUUUUAACUGGAAGAUGUCCUGUAAAUUUCUCCGCUAUAUCAAAUGUCAUGGACAAAACAGCAUCAGAUUGUUCGCAGCCUAUGGCAGCACUUGUAGGAAAUGUUAUUUGCUGCCCACAACUAAGUAGCCUGCUCCAUAUCUUCCAGGGUUUCUAUGGAUUAACUUCUGAUCAGUUGGUUCUGCAAGAUGCAGUUGCUAAUGAUUGUUUUUCAGAUAUCAUUAGUAUCUUAGCCAGCAGAGGAGCCAAUGAGACGAUACCCUCUCUUUGCUCUGUAAAAUCUUCCAAUCUCACUGGUGGGUCAUGUCCAGUGACGGAUGUCGUGACAUUUGAAAAAUCAGUUAAUGUUAGCAAAUUAUUGGAUGCAUGUGAUACUGUUGAUCCUCUCAAGGAGUGUUGUAGACCAAUAUGUCAGCCUGCUAUCAUGGAGGCUGCACUUCAGAUAUCUGGAAGGCAAUUUUCUACUGAUACAAGCACUAAUGUGGGAGGGGGGCCUAAUCAUAUUGAUUCACUAAAUGAUUGUAAAAGGGUCGUUUAUUCAUAUAUUUCUAGGAAACUCUCCUCAGAUGCUGCCAACACUGCAUUUCGAAUAUUAUCUGCCUGCAAAGUUAACAAAGUUUGUCCUUUGGAUUUCGAGCAGCCUGCAGAAGUAAUUAAAGAUUGCCGCAACGUUGCUGCUCCUAGUCCUUCAUGCUGCAGCUCAUUAAAUACUUACAUCGCAGGGGUCCAAAAGCAGAUGUUAAUUACAAACAAACAAGCUAUAAUCUGUGCAACAAUGUUUGGAUCCAUGUUGCGAAAAGGUGGGGUUAUGGCAAAUGUUUAUGAGCUGUGUGAUGUUGACUUGAAAGAUUUCAGCAUCCAAGCCUACGGACAGCAAGGAUGUCUUCUUCGCAGCCUGCCUUCGGAUGUGGUAUUCGAUAACUCAACAGGCUUUAGUUUUACUUGUGAUUUGACUGAUAACAUUGCAGCACCAUGGCCUUCAUCAUCCUCAAUUUCGACAUUGUCUCUCUGUGCGCCUGAGAUGUCAUUGCCUGCACUACCAACAUCAGAGACUAAGAAAAACCAUGGCCAGCGUGAGGAAGGAUUGGAUUUCCCAAUGCCCAUUUUUUUAUUUUUUAUUAUGGUCAGUGCAUUUUUGUACUGAGUUAGAUUUAGAUGAUGAUGAUGUUCUGUGUUGUUCAAUUCUGGGGGCAUCUUUGGGAACUUUACAAUGGAUUUUUGUAUGUAUAUUUUGAGUCUCUUGUGUAUAGUAGUAGCUCUUUCUUCUUCUCUUCUCUCUCUCUUCCCUCUCUUGAAGAGGGUUGUGUUGUUGCAGACUGCAGGUUAUAAAUAUCAUCCAUUUUUGAAGAGUACCA